ACAUUAAAAGUGUGUAAAAAUCCCAGUUAUCUCUUUCAGACAUUGAAGAAAAUUAAUCGAGUUUUCGAAGAAUAAGUAGCAAAUAUCUAUCUAUUGUUUAAGCCAAAGAUAAUGUAACUGAUGGAAUGCACAAUGACCAGAAUAACGUAUCGAUCAAGGUACAUAAUCGAGCUCAAUUGUACAAUUCUACAAGCUUACAUAGCUAGAACUAAACAUCGUGUACCUUGGCAGAAUUAUAUUUAACAAAAAUUCCUUGCAGCUUAUCUUAUUUGUCUAAAUUUGGGUGCACCUCUUUCUGUCCUGUUAUAUAAAGAUAUUUCCCUGACGUUUCAUAAAUUGCACAAUCUCAGUAAAGAUUCGACUGCAUGCUCUCGGCCAGCGCUGAGGACUGUUUACACGUUGAGCUGUACUUACGUUUUUGACUCUAUCAUCCUCCACUGGUCUUGUGUGUUGUCGUCGAAAGAAAGCACUUGUAAUUUUGCAAAAUUUCACCCGUGUAUUGCUGGAAAUAGGAGGGCACAGACACCGAAUGGUGCACUUGAUGACCCCUGGGCCGGCCAUGUUGGAAGUGUUCUCCGUCCCGUCCCCUCGAUCGAAUGUAACGCCUCGGAAGGCCUGGGCACUAAAAACGUUUCCAAUAUGUCGGAUGAGUCUUAGUUGAACUUCGAUAAAAGCAAAGCGCACUUUUUUGCCGAUAUUUGUGCUUGAUUCUGCGAGUAAAGGGAGCCAUGGCGUCUUCAGAAGCAAGUGCUACUAAGAACAGAGUUCCAAAAGUUGCAAAGGUCAAAAAUAAGGCACCUGCUCCCGUUCAGAUCACAGCUGAACAGCUCUUGAGGGAAGCCAAGGAAAGACAGUUGGAAUUAGUACCUGCACCUCCUAAACAAAAGAUUAGCGAUCCUGAUGAACUUCAAGAAUACAAACUUCGCAAAAGAAAGGCUUUUGAGGACAACCUUCGUAAAAACAGAUCGGUGAUUAGCAACUGGUUAAAAUAUGCUCAGUGGGAAGAAAGUCAAAGGGAAAUUCAAAGGUACAGAUGUUUGUAACCCUAAGUACUUGAUACAUGAAAGUUACUUAAUAUUUUACUUAAACUGACUUUGCUUAAUAUGUCAUANCCUUCAUCCUCUCUAGCAGCAAAUAUACAUGUAUACAGUAGCUCGAUACAUGUACUUGCAAACACACAGCAAUGCACAAUGCCUUUUCUUUACAGGUACAAAUACACAUACAUGGAAGAGAUGCUAAGUAAUGUCGCAGGUGCGCGGCAAGUUUUUGAGCGGUGGAUGGAAUGGGAACCUGAUGAACAGGCGUGGCAUUCGUAUAUCAACAUGGAACUUAGAUACAAGGAGAUCGACAGAGCGAGGAGUAUAUAUGAGAGAUAUGUCAUGGUGCAUCCGGAGGUUAAAAACUGGGUGAAGUUUGCCAAAUUUGAGGAGCGUCAGUCAAAUAUAGGUACAGUAGAUGUGUAUGAAAGAGCCGUGGAGUUCUUUGGAGAGGAACAUGCAGACGAGAAACUGUUUCUUGCGUUUGGGAAAUUUGAAGAAAACUGCAAGGAGCAUGAUCGUGUUAGGGUGAUUUUUCAAUAUGCUCUGCAAAUUUUACCGAAAGAGGAAUGCCAAGAGUUGUACAAGGCUUACACUCAACACGAGAAAAAGUACGGUGACAAAGGAGGAAUCGAGGAUGUGAUCGUCAGCAAAAGAAAGUUCCAAUAUGAAGAGGAAGUCAAGACGAACCCAAAUAAUUAUGACGCGUGGUUCGACUACCUCCGCUUGAUGGAAAGUGAAUCGGACCCAGACUCCGUGAGGGAGGUGUACGAGCGAGCGAUAGCUAAUGUGCCACCCGCUGAGGAAAAGCGAUUGUGGAGACGGUACAUCUACUUGUGGAUUAACUAUGCGUUGUAUGAAGAGCUUAUUGCAAAGGACGAACACGGCGACGACAGUGCACAAGAGAAAAUUAAGAAAAAGAUGCCUCGACGAGUCAAGAAGAGAAGAAAAGUGCAAACGGACGACGGGUCGGACGCAGGCUGGGAAGAGUACUACGACUACAUCUUCCCUGACGAUGAAGCAAACAUGCCAAACUUUAAACUCCUCCAAAUGGCUCGAAAUUGGAAAAAACAAAAAGCACAAGAAUGAAUAUUUUCGUUACUUCGUCUCCUAGUUUCGCUUGCAGUACAAAUAGCACAAGUGAUGUACAGAAAUAGAAAUUAAUAUUACGAUUCUUUUUUUCUGUUGCCGGGCUACAAGGGGUUUUCUUCAAAAAAAUAAAUGUACGUUCUUCACAACGUAAUUGUAAAAUGCCACGAAUUCAUUCAUCUGACCUUAAAAUACAUCCUUAACAGCUUUCUUUUUCGAUGGUUCUUAUUGGGAAUUUUUUCCAGAGUUUAGUGAUGGUGUUGAGCGCGAAGUGGAAUACACGCUCACUAUGUGAUGUCAAAAACCAGGAGUCCAUGGGCUCCUGCAAAAACUGAUGACGUCACAAGGUACUGGGAGAGAAAACCUGGGCACUAGGUUGACAGAUCCAUUGGAUGCUUUCUAAACGGGCAAAAUCAGUAUUUGACUACACUUACUCGUUCUAUUGGUUUAUUGUUUAUAAAUCCAUUAUUAAAGUUAUAAUUUAUGUUCACAUCAGUGAAGUCGAAAGUGAUAAAACAAUGCAAGGUUUCAUCUAAGAUUUUGUACUACCUAAAAUAUACUUUGGGGUUAAGUUACCUAGCAAUUCAUCAUUAAAUAUCACUGUUUUUCAGAAACUGAAAUUACUUUUUCUUGAUCAUUAUACGCGCUUGGCGACCUUUUUUUUAUUUUUUAAAAGAACGAUGUUUCUUCACUCUGACUACUGUAAUUAUCAUUUUUAAUUUGAAUAAUUAGUUCUUUAGAAAUAACGUUUUUUU